UUGCUUUCCCUCUGUCUCUCUGGGCACUAGACCAACCACUCACUGGGAAAACAAGUGUUGGUGCCAGAGCCUUUUGUGGGUUCCAGGCUGCGUUUGCAGAGACAGGCCCAUGGACACAGUCCGGAUUGCCGUUGUGGGGGCAGGCGUGAUGGGGCUCUCCACUGCCCUGUGCAUUUCCAAGCUGGUCCCACAAUGUUCCAUCACGGUCAUUUCCGACAAGUUCAGUCCUGAUACCACGAGUGAUGUGGCACCUGGAAUCCUUAUUCCCCAUGCUUAUCCAGAAACACCCAUUCACAAGCAGAAGCAGUGGUUUAGAGAGACGUUUGACCACUUAUUUGCAAUUGCCAAUUCUGCAGAAGCUGGAGAGGCUGGUGUUCAUCUGAUAUCUGGUUGGCAGAUAUUUCAGAACAUUCCUACUGAGGAAGCACCAUUCUGGGCUGACGUGGUUCUUGGAUUUCGAAAGAUGACCGAGGUUGAGCUGAAGAAAUUCCCUCAGCAUGUGUUUGGUCAAGCUUUUACGACCCUGAAAUGUGAAGGCUCUGCUUACCUCCCAUGGUUGGAGAAAAGAGUGAAAGAAAGUGGGGGCCAGCUACUCACCCGGCGAAUAGAAGACCUGUGGGAGCUUCACCCAUCCUUCGACAUUGUGGUCAACUGUUCAGGCCUUGGAAGCAGAGAGCUGGUGGGAGACUUGAAGAUUUUCCCCGUGAGGGGCCAGCUGCUCAAAGUCCAGGCUCCAUGGGUGAAGCAUUUUAUCCGAGAUGGGAGUGGGUUGACAUAUAUUUACCCUGGUGUAUCCAACGUAUCUCUGGGUGGAAGUAGGCAAAAGGGAGACUGGAAUCUGGUCCCAGAUGCGGAAAUUAGCAGAGAUAUUCUUUCCCGAUGCUGUGCUCUAGAGCCUUCCCUCCAUGGAGCUUGCGACAUAAAGGAGAAGGUGGGCUUGAGGCCCUUCAGGGCAGGCAUUCGGCUGCAGAAAGAGUUCCUAGCCCGGAAUGGCCGGAGGCUACCUGUAGUCCACCACUAUGGCCAUGGGAGUGGGGGCUUCUGUGUGCACUGGGGUACUGCUCUCGAGGCCGCCAGGCUGUUGAGUGAGUGUGUCCAAGCCCUCAGGACCUCCACUCCCAACUCAAAGCUAUAAGUGACAUGACAUGACAUGACAGCAAAUGUCCCUGGAGACUAUUGAUCAAAUUAUGAUUUCUUUUCAAAAUUAGAAAUGAUCCAAUAUGUAUCAGUAGAUUUAGGACUAGUACUAAUCUAAUCUAAUACUAAUCUGGUACUAGACUUAAGUCUAGUACUAAUGUCAUAGGGCACAAAGCUCUAUUUUUGUUAAAAAUAAAAUUUUGUUAAAAGAAAA